UAUCUGAUGUAGCAGGCACAGCGCUCCAUUUUCCGAGCUCGCGCAGCUGUUUGCACCAUUUUGUGAUGAAUGAGGGGAGGGGAGGUAGAUAGAGUUGCGAAUUAGAAGUAGAUUGGUGUUAUAUAGCCAGUUUUGUGGGAUACAGCUUAGUUUUUAAGUUUUUAGAUAUAUUUAGUAGAGGAUCUGUAGUUGUACAAUUUUGUGCGUCAAGUAGAGAAGUGUGGAGUGUGAUUUUGUCGAGUCAGUCAGCCGCGCUAAGCUAAGCUAACGUUACACAGCUAACAGAUCUGCCCAGACUCCGCUACAGAGAAAAGGAGAGAUCCCUGCAAGUCUGAAGAAACAUGAGCGCCCCUUCUUCUCAAAAAGUCGUGCUGAAAAGCACCACCAAGGUGUCCCUGAAUGAGCGGUGAGGCGCUACGCAUCCUGACAGCAUUAUCUCAAGGCCAGGGGGAAAAGCAUACAGAGAUAACUAAGGCGUCAAGCCUCAAGACGCGUGCACUAUGGAGGUCAUUGAGGGGGAGACAUCAGACCUGACGUGGACGCUAGACUGCCUGCACGGUGUGUGCGCCGCUUACCCAACAUGACAAUGAGUCGAUAUUUGAGACCUGACAGCGUGCCGUGUUUGGCGAGGCGUCUCUUGCGUAAGCGGCGCACACCCGGAGGUGAGAGGGUAAUGGUGAGCUUCACGAACAUGCUGAAGAACAAGCAGCCGACAGUGAGUAGCAUCCGGGCGACCAUGCAGCAGCAGCACAUGGCCAGUGCGAGGAACCGCCGGCUCGCGCAGCAGAUGGAGAACAGGCCCUCUGUGCAGGCCGCCCUGCAACACAAACAGAGCCUAAAACAGCGACUGGGGAAGAGCAACAUCCAGGCCAGGCUGGGUCGGCCCAUCGGCUCGCUGAUGCCGGGAGGCGGCAGAGGACGAGGUUUUCCUGGAGGAUUUCGUGGAGCUGGACGAGGACUGCGGGGAAGAGGGAGAGGAGCAGGCAUGAGAGGAGCCGGCAUGAGGGGAGCACUCUCUCUAAGAGGUGCAGGUCAGAUGAGAGGUAGGGGUGGUCCUGGACGUAUGGGUCUCCGUCGAGGCAUGCGCUAUCGCGGAGGAGCCGCAGGACGAGGUGCUCUGGGUGGCCGAGGAGCAGCACGUGGAGCACCUGGAGGAAGAGGCCGUGGGGGUCUGAGAGGUCGUGGAGGGUUUGCAGGAAGGGGUCGUGGACGCGGCAGAGGCCGAGUAGGUCGCCCCGUCGUCACACGAGAGCAGUUGGACAACCAGCUUGAUGCUUACAUGUCCAAGACCAAGGGCCAUCUGGACGCCGAGCUGGAUGCGUACAUGGCCCAGGCAGACCCUGAGAGCAUGGAGUAACCACAGCUGAGCUGAGAGAGAGACAGCAGCCCCCUGAAGAUCUGCAGAGAAUAGACUGAUUGACAAGAUACACGUCCAGUACCAUUAAAGCUGUUGCUCUUGGACACUCCCUGAGAAGACAUUUUAAACUUGAAGGUUGUACAAAGUUAUGUAUCAUCCCCGUUACCUUCAAAGAUUUGUGAGUCGCCACUCGCGUUUUCUAAACUGAACUCUGUACCAUCAUAAAAGCCUGACCACAGUUCUAAAACACAAGUCCUCAUAGAAAACGUUAUGGCAGUGACGUGAAGGAAAAAAAACUUUUCAAUUGAGCAGUAAUAACAGAGAUUGUGUUUAUUUUUUGGCUGAAAUUCAGAAAAUGGCCCAAUGUGUGAGGAACUGAGCUCUAACCAAGUACAUUUGAUCAUCUGGUGUUAAAAUGUGGUUUAUAUAGAUGAACAGAUGUUAAUCACCCUAAUGUUCUACAAAUGAAACUUACCUUUUAUUAUUGUAUUUUUAUUAUGUUUUAAAGUAGAACUUUUAUUCAGUAUACACAAUCUAGAUGAGUUGUUUUUUUGUUUUGUUUUUUUGUUUUUUGUCACAAAAUGUUUUAAGGAUAUUGUAACCCACAACUUAUUUUUUUUUCUCUUUUGGCUUCAAAUAAAUCUUGGCCAUAAGACUCAUGUGCUUCCUUAACGAUAUUAUCAACACUAACUUUCUAGACAUUUUUAAUAUAUUUUUUUUUCUUUCUUUCUUUUGUCUUGCAAACUUCAAAUGUUCAGUAUCUCCACAAGAGGGAGGUAUAAAGCUGUAUGUGUGGGGUAGGUUUUUUUUUUUAAACAAUUUAGAUGGGAAUAAUUAAAUGUUUCUGGGGUGUAUGAAUGUGUACAAUGAGAACUGCAGUAUUUGUACUUUGCUGGUCCUAGUGGCUAACUCUGUUCUAUUGUCUAUAAAUAUCACAGGAAUUAGAUUAAA